UAUAAGGGCAGCCCGGGGAGCGGAGCGUGGUUCAGUCUACAGUAACUGGACCGGACCGAGGCGGGCAGGAAGCACACUUGCAAGGCGGAUGAGAUGGAGGACAAAGAGAAAAAGAAGAAGGAUAAAAACUCCUCCAAGAGCGACAGAGUGACUUUGAAAAAAGAAAUUGGACUGAUGAGCGCUUGCGCUAUUAUCAUCGGAAACAUCAUUGGCUCUGGGAUAUUCAUCUCACCUAAAGGAGUGUUAGAGCAUGCGGGCUCAGUGGGGCUGUCACUCAUCGUCUGGGUUUGUGGAGGGGGGAUCUGUGCCCUUGGAUCCAUGUGCUACGCUGAACUAGGUGUCACCAUCCCAAAGUCUGGAGGAGACUAUUCAUACGUUACAGAAAUCUUUGGAGGGCUGGUGGGCUUCCUGUUGUUAUGGAGUGCCGUCCUUAUCAUGUAUCCGACCACAUUGGCUGUCAUCGCGCUCACCUUCUCCAAUUACGUCUUGCAGCCAGCCUUCACUAACUGCCUGCCUCCGUACAUCGCCACCAGACUCCUCGCCACCAUCUGUAUCUUAUUCCUGACCUGGGUGAACUGCUCCAGUGUGCGCUGGGCGACAAGGAUCCAGGAUGUUUUCACUGUCGGAAAACUCCUCGCUCUGGUACUCAUCAUAGUGGUAGGACUCAUCCAGAUCUGUAGAGGUCACUAUGAUGCCCUGCGGCCCAGUGUGGCCUUUGAAUUCAGCGCGGACCCCUCAGUGGGACAGAUAGCACUGGCCUUCCUUCAGGCCUCCUUCGCCUACAGCGGCUGGAAUUUCCUCAACUAUGUCACAGAGGAGGUUGUGGAGCCACGCAAGAACCUGCCCCGUGCCAUCUACAUUUCCAUUCCACUGGUGACCCUUGUCUACACUAUGACCAACAUUGCCUACUUCUCCUCCAUGACCCCUGAGGAGCUGCUGGCAUCCAACGCUGUGGCAGUGACAUUUGGGGAAAAGCUGCUGGGCAUGUUUUCCUGGGUGAUGCCGAUCUCUGUUGCACUGUCAACCUUUGGAGGAAUCAACGGAUAUCUGUUCACCUCCUCCAGGUUGUGUUUCUCUGGAGCGAGAGAGGGUCACCUGCCUUAUCUGCUGGCAAUGAUCCACCUCAAGAACUGCACUCCGAUCCCCGCCCUGCUGGUCUGCUGCUUUGCCACCAUAAUCAUUCUGUGCAUCGGAGAGACACACAACCUGAUCAACUAUGUAUCCUUUAUCAACUAUCUGUCCUAUGGGGUCACCAUUGCUGGCCUCCUCUACCUCCGCAAGAAGAGACCCAACCUGGUCAGACCCAUCAAGGUGAGCUUGUUGAUCCCCAUCGCCUACUUGAUAUUCUGGGCUGUGCUGCUGUGCUUCAGUCUGUACUCUGAACCUGUGGUUUGUGGCCUGGGAAUGGUCAUCAUGCUGACUGGAGUCCCUGUGUACUUUGUGGGCGUUCAGUGGAAAGACAAACCUAAAUGGGUCUACAGGGUAGUCGAAAAAGUCACAUACGUGGGCCAGAAACUGUGUUACGUGGUGUUUCCUCAGGAAGACCCUUCAGAGACUGAACCCCUCACUGCCUCCAAAGCCACUGACUGAGCAGUGCAGUCAAACCAGGAGUUCUCUUUUUACAUCAGCACCUGUACUUCCAGUUUUUGUGUUACAGUUUUUCAUGUUGGUCAGUGUUUGGAUGGUGAAGAGAUGGUUACGUCCAUGUUCUCGCAAAGGUGCUGUCUGAAUGGGACUGCAACAAAGCUCCACUACAAAAGAAGCAGGUGGUUACUCUUAGGGCAUUAGCAUGUUAAACCCUAAAGCUGCGGAAUAUGUUUUUAUUCGUUGGUUGGUAUUGUUCCUCCAUUCUCCCCAUCAGUAUGUUGUUUGCAAUUUCAUCUUUAUAUCAUCUUCUCCCUCUACUCACUCAUUUUCUGCUUCAUUUUCCAAGAUACUCUUCUUUUAUGACUUUAGCUAGAUCUUUGAGCUAAUGUGCCUUAUGAAAUGUGUUUGUUGGUAUUGGUUUGUGCGGGUAUUUUGAUUAUGUGAUAACUUUUUUGAGGUAAAUAUGCAAGCAGUUUCUGCACUAAGCAAUACUUCUCUAUUACUGCUGCUACUUCCAGCUCCAUUUUCACUAAUUAUUCACGACGUUUACUGUGUGUCAACUGUAGAUGAGUAUUUUUCUGUCAGUAUCUCUGCCUAGCUAUAGUAUCUUUUUCCUUUACACCCCCUGUUCUCUCUGCUCUUAUUAUAUCACCACUGUCUCCUGAGAGAUACUGUAGGUGCCUUCAUAUUGUUAUUAGAUUCUCUACAUGACACUCAUCUUUCCCAGCAAUAUUUACAGCACAGGAGAGACACGAACGAGAAUGACGGGGAGUUUGUGGCUGUCAGUUGGACUAAUGGCCGCCUCACUCAGAAAUGAAUAAGCUGCAUCUUUAAAACACAUGUCGACAGGCUGCUCUGCUUUGGGAAUGCCACUGUGAACUCUUUCAAGGUGCUUGACCUGCCAAGACAGUUAUUUGAUUUCAGAUUUCUCACCUCAUGUUAUGAAACAGUGCUUACUAUUAAUAUGUUGAAAAACAUAACCAGAACCCACACAGACAUAUAGGUGUUUACUUGUGUCCCACUUCCCCAAAGACUUAUCAUCACUGCAAAGUCCCAAGGCCCACUGACUUUUUAUUGAUCAACUGACAUAUUGUGGUACUAUUGACAUAAUAUAGUUAAAUUGACCUACUAUGACUUUCUGUGGUCCUGCUGACUUAAAAUAUAGACUUAUUUUGACCUCUUUAAAUACUAAGUUGCCCCCAAAUUAUUAUGAUGUACUUAAUGGAGUUGUGGUCCCACCAGUGCCAGUAUGCUAAUUUACUGUGCUCUUGGUGAUAUUGGUGUUUACAUGUAUUUAAGUAACCUCUUAUCGCACUUGUGUAUGAGCUGUCUAUGAAGGUUUGGGACAGAGGCCUUUUUUAACAUGAUGUAAACCAGUAUGAAUUCGGUCCUUCUCCAGGCCAGCAGAUUUGCCCCUACAUCUAAUCCACUAAGAGACUCACACUUCAGACAACGCCGCAUUCAGGCGUUUUUAGCACGGUUGAGAUCUGUAAAUACUUUGUAAAGAAAAAAAAACUGUUAUAAAUGCGCCAGGGACUCUAUAAAGAUCACAUUCCUCAGACAUGUUGUGAUACAUUUGCAUACUGUAAAAUUGAUGGGCGCACUUCUGUGUUUUGUAAAGAGUGUGAAGUUGUACAAGAAUAACAAUGUCAUUACUUAUUAAAUAUAGCGACCUCUA